CGCGCGAGCAUCGAGAAUUGUUUAGCUAAACGGCCCUAAACCGUUUCCCAUUCAUUCUCUAUGGUAGUGCUAAACCACUAUGGAUGCAAUAUACUUUUGGCCACUACGACUUAGUGGCGCUGUCCCGAGUUUUCUUUUUUUAGAAAUCGCUCAGACUCUAAAGCUGGCUGUCAUUCCAAGCGGACUUCGGUGGAUACAAGACGCUAUCUACUCUCUUCGAAUUCUCAUCAGGCAGUAUUAAAUAAUCAAAGGCAAAGAUGGACAGGAAACUGUUGUUCUUCCCGGGGAAAGUCUGUGUUGUGUUCCGCAAGGGACCACUCGGAUUUCUCCUCCAGGAGCCGUCAAAGGAAGCCAGACGAAUUAAGGAGGACGCCACUCUGCAGGACAAGUCUGCGCCCAUACGGGCUGACCUUGUUCAUCAGAAUGCUCUGGCUGUGGUCCGUCAGAGAGGAGGGGACGCCUCCGACCGUACAGAGGUGCUGGGAGACUACAUCCUGCAGUUUGGGAAGUAUAAAGGGAAAUCUUUCAGGUGGCUUUUGCAGAACGACAUAGGGUACACAAUGUAUCUUAUUAGGAACUUGCAAAAGGAGGAAGCAUCAGGUGUCAGUGUGACUGCAGGACAUAGCAAGGACAGCCUGCAAUCCUUUGUCCAUUAUUCCCUCAGUUUAGCUGAGAUCCAGUCUCUCCAAACCUAUGAGGCAAGUGGAGGGGGUGAUAUGGCAGCCUCAUUGGAAGAUGACCAGCUAGUUGGCUUUGGCACUCGUGCUAAGAGCACCUGGAAGGAGAUUUGGGACAGCAGAGCUGAUGGCUAUGCAACCUUCGUUUUGGGGAAGAGCUGUUGCCCAGGAACACGCAUGUUCAAGCUGCAGCUGUACCUACAGAAGAGGCAGCAAUCCGCCUCAGCUUCCCCACCCGUCGAACGUCCCUCAAGAGUCCCCAAACCUCUGGUGAUGGACGAGGAUGAAGAGCUUGAGAGUGCAAUGAUAAGCAUGAAAUCCUCUGAACUACAAGUGCAGACCUACACUGUGUCAGCAGCACCCUUACCAGCAGCUGCCAUACCAGGAGUGUCCCCAAGAGCAAAGAAAGGUUUUUAAAUAAUAGGUUUCAGGACUGGAGUACAAUUCUUUUACAUGAUGAAUUGCCCCCCAAAACUGAACCUCGACUUAAACUAUUUCUCUGUGUGUUGUUUGUGUUCUGGCCAUGUUCCGGCUGUGUUCCUUUAAUAAUACUGUUAGCUGACGUUGUAAUAACUGUCCUAAGGACUAUGAAUUGAUCACUGCCACAAUGAAUUCAUGGCAAACACUAUGAGGGUAAGUACACAUUUUCUUUUCUAUGCAUGUUGUAUUUAAAAACAAAUA